CUUCGAAAGCGGAAAAGGAUGUGCUUAGAAAAACUGGGGCCGCACUCGCGGGAGGGGGAGACAGAAGGCGGUGUUUAUUUUUCCUAAUUUAUUUCUUUACGUUAGUUUUUUUUUUGUGUAACCUCCCUCCACCCGCGGUCGUUCUCGCGUUAUUGGGCUUCAGUCUUUUUUUUUAAUGUAUAUUUUCCUUCUGGCGCUCAGGGGUAGACACUCCGUUCUCGCCUCCUCCUCCUCCGUCGUUACCUCUCGUCUCAGCGGAGAAACUUCCCGUCUCACAGAGCAGGCACAGCUUCGAGAGAAGAGGGCGACAGCCGCCGAAAGAAACACCACGAAAAAACAACACCGGGUUUGCUAGGGAAGGGCGACACUCCUGCACUAAAGGAGAAGCAGAAGAGCUGCCGGACGGGCGACGCGUUUCGGGAUUAAUUUCUUUCCGGAGCCGGGGAGAGUGUAUAGGUGAUCCAUCGGGCGGAUACGUCCUCAAGUCCUGACGUCUCCUGCUGCAGCUGGGUUUAUUUUUUGCCCUUUUUUUAUUCUUGGUGUCGACGUUUUUAACUGGCAUUACGGGCGAUCGGGAGCUCAUGGGACCUUCGCUUUGAGAGGACUCCAUCCCCCCACCCCACCCCUGUCCCCCUCUCCCCCCUGACCGGCCCUCGCUGGGGCGCUGUCCGCUCCGGGGGGUGUUGGGCAUCCCGGAGCCCGGCAGGGAAGAGAGGGGAGGGCGGUCACCCUCCCCCCCCGGGUAGCCGUCUCCCCCAAGCCCCCGGCGGUGGGUGGUGGUGGGGGGGGUGCGCCGGCCGGCCGGCGGCAAGCAUGGCAGGCAAUCUGAAGAAAGGCGGGGGGUUGAUCGGGAUGAUGAAGGACGCCUUCCAGCCCCACCACCACCACCUCCACUCGCAUCACCCGCCCGGCGCCGUGGACAAGAGGACCGUGGAGAAAUGCUGGAAACUCAUGGACAAGGUGGUGCGGCUGUGCCAGAACCCGAAGCUGGCGCUGAAAAACAGCCCGCCCUACAUCCUGGACCUCCUCCCGGACACCUACCAGCACCUGCGCACCAUCCUCUCCCGCUACGAGGGCAAGAUGGAGACGCUGGGCGAGAACGAGUACUUCCGCGUCUUCAUGGAGAACCUCACCAAGAAGACCAAGCAGACCAUCAGCCUGUUCAAGGAGGGCAAGGAGAGGAUGUACGAGGAGAACUCGCAGCCCAGGCGAAACUUAACCAAGCUGUCACUGAUAUUCAGUCACAUGCUGGCGGAGCUGAAAGCCAUAUUUCCCAACGGCCUGUUCCAGGGAGACAACUUCCGGAUCACCAAGGCCGACGCCGCCGAGUUCUGGAGGAAGUCUUUCGGUGACAAGACCAUCGUGCCCUGGAAGGUGUUCCGUCAGGCCCUGCACGAAUUCCACCCCAUCAGCUCCGGCCUGGAGGCCAUGGCCCUGAAGUCCACCAUCGACCUCACCUGCAACGACUACAUCUCCGUCUUCGAGUUCGACAUCUUCACGCGGCUGUUUCAGCCCUGGUCAUCCCUGCUGCGGAACUGGAACAGCCUAGCGGUCACUCACCCCGGCUACAUGGCCUUCCUCACCUACGAUGAGGUGAAGGCCAGGCUGCAGAAGUUCAUCCACAAGCCGGGCAGCUACAUCUUCCGGCUGAGCUGCACGCGGCUGGGCCAGUGGGCCAUCGGAUACGUGACGGCCGACGGCAACAUCCUGCAGACCAUCCCUCACAACAAGCCGCUGUUCCAGGCCCUCAUCGACGGCUUCCGGGAAGGCUUUUACCUGUUCCCCGACGGACGCACUCAGAACCCAGAUCUCACGGGGCUGUGCGAGCCCUCCCCCCAGGACCAUAUCAAGGUCACGCAGGAACAAUACGAGCUGUACUGCGAGAUGGGCUCCACGUUCCAGCUGUGCAAGAUCUGCGCGGAGAACGACAAGGAUGUGAAGAUCGAGCCCUGCGGCCACCUCAUGUGCACGUCGUGCCUCACCUCCUGGCAGGAGUCCGAGGGCCAGGGCUGCCCGUUCUGCCGCUGCGAGAUCAAGGGCACGGAGCCCAUCGUGGUCGACCCCUUUGACCCCAAGGACAACAGCGGGGGCUCCUACGGGGGCGGCCGGGGGAUGUUCGGGGCCGAGGGCGCCCCCUCCCCCAGCUACGAUGACGACGAUGACGACAGGCUGGAGGACCCUCUGAUGAUGAGCAACCUAACCAAGGUGGAGCGGCCCCCUUCGCCCAUGUCCAUGGGCCCCCAGGCUUCCCUGCCUCCUGUCCCCCCUCGCUUGGACCUGCUCCAGCACCGGCCGGCCAACUCCCCCGGGGCCUCCAGCCCAGGAGCUACUUCCAAGGCCUCCUCUCACCACAAGGACAAGCCCCUGCCGCUGCCGCCCUCCCUGCGGGACCUGCCCCCACCUCCUCCACCCGAUCGCCCCCACUCCGCCGGGCCGGAGGGGCGCCUGCAGAGGCGGCCCCUUCCCAGCACCCCCGGGGAGCCUCCCCGCGACAAGCUGCCCCCGGCGCCCCCAAACCGAGGGCAGGCCGACUGGCAGUCCCGCCCCGUCCCCAAGGCCCCUACGCAGGCUGCGGGGGACCCCUGGGUGGGCAGAGAGCUGUCCAACCGACACUCCCUCCCCCUGGCGCUCCCCUCCACCCUGGAUGGGCGGCCCGAGGCGCAGAGGCACAACAGCACCAUGAGCCUGGACCACCAGCUGAAUUUUGGCGCCAGUGCCUCCGGAAGUCAGGAGUACGAUAAUCCCAAGGUGAAGUCUUCGGCCUCCACUGGUGCCAUCUAUGCCCUGGCUGCCAGGCCUCUUGGUCCAAAGGCCGUGACGCAAGAGGAGCCCCCCGAAAGUGAGGAAGAGCCCGAGUACAUGACCCCCUCAUCCCGGCCUCUCCUGCCACCCCUCAACCCGGGCGCCCCUGAAACCAUCCCCAGACCCCCGCAGACAAACUCCUUCAGCUCACGGGUGAUGGUGACCGACCUGGAAGGCGAAGUCCCUCAGAUGUACGAAGCCAUGUACAACAUCCAGUCCCAGGCGCUGUCGGCCAUCAGCCAGCCGGCUCUAGCGAGGGACUCAGAUUACUCCGAGCUCCCGCCCGCCGGCAGCUGCAACGGCCCCGGGGCGCCGGGGAGCGACGAGGACGACGACGCCGGGUACGACUUCCCCAAGCCCCCGCUGCCCAUCGCGCCCGCCCGCCGCACCCUCUCGGACAUCUCCAGCUCCUCGUCCGCCUUCAGCCGGCUCUCCGUGGACGGCGAGGGGGCGGCGCCCAGCGCCUCUUUCGGCGACCUGAGUCAGGCCCCAGAGAGGCCCCCCAAGCCGCUGCCCCGGCGCAUCAACUCCGAGAGGAGGCCCAGCCCCGUGCCCCCAGGGGCGGGGGGAGGAGGUCCGAACCCCCAGAUCAACAGCGAGAUCGAACAUCUCAUGAGCCAAGGCUACUCCUAUCAGGACAUUCAGAAAGCCCUGCUGAUUGCACAGAACAAUAUCGAAAUGGCCAAGAAUAUCCUGAGAGAGUUUGUCUCCAUUCCUUCCACGGCGCACAUCCUCACAUAGCGUCGGAUGUGUGCCCGCCCCCCCUCCCACACUCCUUCCCCGCCCCACUUCCUGCAAACCACGCCCCCUGGCGGCCCUGCCCGGCAACCUGACCCCGCCCCUUGGUGCUGAUUGGCCGGCAUAAAAGAGGGGCGUGCCUUCACGUGCAAUCUCUCCGCCUCAUUUUCUGAACCGCGGGCGGGGGACCCUGGCCCAGAGAGCUCACGGGACGGCUUGUCACGUGCGUCGCUCGGAGCACAACCAACCAACAGCAGGACAGACAAACGGGCCGCUUCACCCCUCUGACCCAAUGCCUCCUCACCAGGGCCCGGAAAGGAGUUGGAAAAGCAUCCCAAAGGAAAGCCACGUUGCUCUGGCGGUGUUGUGUACCCGCAGCAGUGGCUCAGAAAAAUAGGAACGCUGAAAAAACUCAAAUAAAGCCACAGUGUUUUCCAGUUACCAGUGGAGAUCGGUGACAAAAGACAGUCCACAGGAUGUCAUGCCGACCUCGACUUCCUGUUUUUUUUUUCCAUCUGGGACGUUUUCGCCAACAGGACUGUUCUGCAUUCCAGCUUGCUUCUGUGAAUGCACCGAUCCCGCUUCUUGAUUUGAAGGUGGAGGGGGGGGGCGAUGGGGCGCAGUUCUCAAUAGCAGUGUUCAGCAGCAACCCGACAUGUUCCUGUAAUGCCUUUCCUCCUACCCUGGGCUCUGUUUUCCAGGCUGGAUAUCUGCAGGCAGGGUUUGACGCAGGGGUGCGUAGGAGGAGAGUUGGAAAAUGCUCCCAGCUUUCUGUGCAGGGCCUCGUCCGGAGGGCGAGUCUUUCUCGCUGUCGAAAUGGCCUUUCAUUGCGUUUGUGUCGGCGUUCUUUGCGAUGGUGCGUUUUGUUUUUAAGUAGCAUGGGCGUAGAAGCUUUCAAAAGCGGCCGGCGACUGGAGGAAAUGGGACCGCCGGCUGAGGUUAAAGAUGGAAGUGCUUGUCUGUAAAACAGCCCGGCCCUGUCUUUCCUAGGCAUCCCCAAUUCACCUGGGCUGCGUGAACAGUCAGAACGAUUGAAGCCUGAAUCCGAUCAGCAAUUUGAAAUGGAUCCUGUGCCCCUCAGCCUCCCUCUUUCUUCAUGUGUUGUAUUAUGUGUAUUAUUAUUUUUCGCUCACCCUGAAAAGGUCAGUCGCCAGAAUCGGUUUCGCCCUUACAGUAAAGGAAAGACACCGGCCCCAGGGGUGUGCAGAGCUUUGGCUAUCGCCCCAUGUGACUGAUGAAAUGAGGGCGUUUUUGGGAAUUUGGACUGCCGGUUCAUUCAGCUUCCUGACCACUCACCGCCAACCUGCCUCCUCGCGCCCGGAAGGACCCACUCGUGGGCCAAACGCAUGAACGCUAGAUGUCUCCACCACCAGAGGCCUUUACUCCUGCUUUUCCGAUGCCCUAGUUAGCCAGCCCUGAGCGCUCUCCCUUCUCCCAGUAUCUCCCAAAAACGUUGACGUGCCCGGUUUCUCAACGCACUGCUCCGAGUUCUGAAUCGGCUCUAAAAAGGCGAGGGCUCCAGUCUUCAGAAGCCGCGGGCUGAGUUUAAGGGGGAGAUGGUACCCCCCUGAGAAUUGUGUACUCCGCAUUGUCCCUCCCCUGAUGUAUGCGUUUCAGAUUUCUCGAAACUGUUUCCCAAAUGUCACCCUCGAAGAAAAUGCCCGGUUGAAUACCAACAGAAAUUCCCCAUUUAUGUUUGCCAACAGAAGCUCCUUGAUCAAAAUGAAGAUUUCUAAGACUCAAAUUCCCUGUUCCAGGCAGUAGUAUACGGAAUCGGUAUGUGGUGGGUGGAAAACUUUUUUUUCUGAUUCUCAAAAGUGGACAUGCAGCAGAGGAUUGCUGGUGACGUUGAAGAUAUUGGAAGGAUUUUCCUGUGUGUCUUGUUCCUGAAUGGGGAGAUGUGGAUUCUUGGCUGAUCUGUAUUUGAACCUCAGGAGACUCCUCCUCCACACUGUUAUAAUGGAACUCCUUUCUUCAUUCACAUUUUCUUCCUGGCCCAAUGAAUGUGUACUAUAAACGCAGUAUGAUAAGGUCUUUUUUUAAAAAAAAACCCAAGGGUAUUGUUUAAAACCAUAAAAGCUUUUUAACUCUUGCUAGUCUAGUAAAUGGAGGUGGGGGUUGGGCUGUUUUGCUUUCCUCUGGCCUGAGGAAAAAAUGAAUUUCUAAUGAAUUGCUGGUGUUUAAUGAGGGACCCAUCUCUCCCAGGCCUGUUUGUACAAUGAAGCCUCAGAAGAGUUCAGCAGUGACUGGUGUGCUGUGGUUCGCUCAAGGAUGUUCUGUAGUUACAGACAUUGUCAUGUUUUUUUUUAUUUUUAUUCAGAAGUGCUUUUACUGCUGCUGCUACCACGUUAGUGCUCAACAAUUAAGCCUUAAAUGCAAACGUGUGAAUAUUAUAUGGUUACCGUUUUUUCUUUCUAAAGUGACAGUAUCAUGGCCGGCACUUUUGUUUUAAGUAGCAUUACUUGAAAAUGCAGAUUGGGGGGGCGGGGGGGGAUUAUGGUUUUAUCGAGUGUGAGGAAGAGAGCUAAAAAAUAAACCUUUCGUCUUGCAGUGAACAAAAUUUGAAAUGCUUUCCCGUCAUUUAAACCCGCCAUGAAUUCUAUGAAGAAAGACGAGUCCUAUCAGUCCGUUCUUGCUAGGAGAAAAAGACCAUGUUGGCGCUACCUCAGUGUUUGGCUCUCUUUGCUCUAGAGACUCAAUUUUGCGAUUGCAAUACGAUGACUGAAACUGUUGAUCUCUAAAGGAAACGAAUUGUGUUUAAGGGAUCGGAGCACCGAUUCCGCCUUGCAUGAUUGAGUUUUGAUGCGCGGGUCUGGGUUUCAGAUGUUAACCCUGUUUUAGUGUUUUUGAGCUUGACGCAUGUCUCAGGAUACCGUUUUUUCAUCGUCAGAAUAAAAUUAGGACGCUUGGGGGAAGAAAGCAGUAACAGUAUUGUUUUAAACAGCUUUGCACCUCUGCAGAAUAUUUUAAGUUGUGGUUUACGGCUCUCGCUGAGACUUCAGCGCAUCUCGGCUCCCAGUAAUUCUAGUCGGUUGAAAAAAAAAGUGUUGACGUCUUCUCCCUGGUGUUCUGCUGUUGUCUCCCCCAGUCUUUGUUUUCAGACCUUUGAAAAUAUUUUUCUUACAACUGAGAGAAGUCAAAAGCGGUGCACUCUCCAAGUAACAAGAAAGGGCGUGCAAUUCGUAACGCCAACAGUUGCGGAAUCGGACAGCGAAACGCAAACAACAGGGAUUCUGAUAUUAUUGGAGUAGAGAAGGAGUAAACUGUCUUUUGCUCUUGUUUUUGACCGCAAAGUGUGCAUUUUCACGACGUGUGUACGCGGGGUGUGAAAAGACGUUUCGCUGGCAGCUGAUGGGUGUUCAUCGCCAGAAAAAGCACUGUACAUUUUUAUGACCGUUAAUAUACCACUCGACAAGACAUUUCAAGACACGUCAUGCGUAUUUAGGUCAUUGACCCGUUUGAUGGCAAAGGGGAUCUGCAGUCACUGAUCAAAGUUGCUGUCGAACCGUCGCCGGCGCUGGGCUGCAGCGAAAAUAGACCUCUUCUUUUUAAUAGACUAUUCUUCAAGGAAAUUUCUGUCCUGUUUUCUUCUUUUACAGACGUCCGAGUGUAGCGCUUGAGUGGUUUGUUGUUUGUUUGUUUUUACUUGAAGGCCUGUGGAUUUUGUCUGUUGUCUUUCAUUACAAAUAGGAUUAAUUAAUUAACCUCGGAGUUUCGGCUCAGCAAUGUGAAGUAUAGGAAUUAUCAGCGGUCUCGGACUGGUCAUCUGUCGCUACCUUGAUCUUCCUGUGCUAACAUUGCACAUGCUAGAAGUGCUUUGUUGUUGUUGUUGUUGUUGUUGUUUUUGCAAAUAUAGAUUUUGGUUUUAGUUUAACUUGCCGAUCGUGCUAAGAUACUGUCACUUUAAAACCAAACGGAUGAAAGUACCGAUGUGUGGAGCACAAAGGUAACUUUUGUCGUUCCUUGAAGUUCUUUCCGAAGUUUUGUUUGCUUGUAUCGGUGAUACUGUGAGAGGUGCCAUACUUUUGCUGAAGGAAGAUUUAAAAAAAAAUCUCCAGAACAAAGUCUCUUAAACCUGCACACGCCACAAGUUUCCCCAAGUGGGGGGUUUCAUCCUUGUAGUUUGAAAGAGUGGACGAGACAACAGCGGCCUUUGAUUAGGAUGGUCCGACAUGAAUCAUUUUACAGACACUGUAAAUUCUAACAACCCUUUUUUUUUUAAGAAAAAGGACCAAAGGUUAAAUCACAACGAGUGAGGCAGAAACGGUAGAGUGUUUUCUUCCUCCGUGGGAAACGAGCUGGAUAGAUCUCUUUCAACGUGGUCGAUAUCCGCAUGUUGAGCUCGGCGCUGACAACAACAUGCAUUUGCUUGAUCAGAGAAGAGGAGGAAGGUUGGGUCUCAUUAAGAGGGCUUUACAUGGACCAGGAGAAUGAAGUUGACUAUCUGAGGUUUAAUGUGAUUCUGUAAGGCAGUGGGCGAUCUCUUGUUUCGUUGUGGGUGGGCCGUUCACGUGUGGACGUCGCCGAUUACACUCUUUGGAUCUGGUCUCCCGUGGAGUGUCCGAGCUUUUGUCGCCGUCCGUGUCUGUCUUUCUUAAAACGUAUGCAUGGCGUUGGGUCAGGCAGGCGGCUCUGUACAGUUCUUCUUUUGUCGGGACAGAGACCACCACACGAGUGCAUUGCGUUGUAAAAAGACCUGCUCGAUUUCUUUCGAAAAUAAGUGAUCUGGGCCCGAACCGGAUCGCUUCACCCCGGGAAAGGCUUCCUUUUUUUCUAUCUGUCCGGCGCUGAGCGGAAAACCACCAGCGUGUCUGUGACUGCAACUGAGGUAUGGCAGUGCUGUAGCAGCUCUUUUGCAAAAUGUUACGUUUCAGAAGUGUUUCACUACUCUUGUUCUUGUGAUCGGAGUGAUUUAUGCUUGUUAUCGGACCUUCUCUCCGCUCUGUAAUUCGGUGAAAGGACAUGAGAGAGCGGCGGUGCGGAAUGACUGCUGUUUGACUUUGGCCACCAGAGGGAGCUCUUUCCCGUGUUGCCUGAAGAUUUCUUUUUAUUUAUCGUGUAAUUUAUUGCCAGGUGUAUCUUUUUUUUUUCUCCUUUUGCCUUUUGUCACUUCAGACUUCACGUUAGAAGUAAGCAUCGCGAUUUAGUGUUGUAAACAACGUUAAAAGGUACUGAUAGCUCCUUAUUUAUUGUGUUGGUGUUAUUCUGUGACACCAAAGUGCUGUCAAAAGUAUUGUAAUAAGAGCUUUGCUUCACUAAGGUACAGACGUUAAGGCGCAAGACACGGAAAUGCUACUUUAACCUCCUAUUUCAUGUCGUUUCUCAUAACCUUGAAGGGAAACGCUGAGAAAAUGCCUUUUCUUUCCAAACCCCGUCGUGGUGUGACCCGUCUGCGUGAAAAGAGCUGUGCUCCUCUCUGCCUAGCCCGAUAUUUUUUAAUCGAAAAGUUUCAGAAUAUUGACGCCAGUGUCCAAGUAAUAUUUCACCAUGUAUAACAGGGCAUAUUUUGAUUCCAGUUGUUUCGGACACCUCCAUCAGAAUGACCGGUAUUUAUUGAAUGUGUUUUUUACAGGGUGCUCGAACAUCCAGAGAUGUUGCAUCUUCACUUAUAUAUACUAUUGCAAGAGAAGGCUUGAAAUGUAUCUCCUGUAUGAAACAAUGUAUUCUGGUGUACAUACAUAUAUAUACAUUAUAUUUACAGAGAGAGGGCUGCUGUUGCCUGUAAGUGUGUUCUGUUUGUAUUCGGCCUUUGCUGUGUUGAUUAUCUCAUUCAAGGCAUCCCCCUCCCACACAGACACAAGACUGAUGCUAGAAUAAAGUCCAGGUGUGCAGGCAUCAGCCUGCCUGUUCAGACCCGUGUAGCAGAACACCGCACAGCCGAUGCAGGCAUGCCCAGAAUGGAACAAAAUGCUUUGAGUGGGCAAUGCUUUCUCCUUGCCUUAGAAAAUGUUUGUUUGUUUGUUUGUUUUUCCCCACGAUUGUCAGCAUGGUGAUUUGCGUUUGCUGUUACGUUGGAGUGCCACUUGACUUCUUUUGACUGCGUAUGUCUAUUGGAAACAGAGCCAAGCAGCUAUUAGAGUUUUAGUGCGUUUCAAUUGUCAGGCUGUGGCUAGCCACCCAGUGUCGUGAGUGUUAUUGAAGUCAGCAGUGGACUUCAUGCCGAAAAGGGGGUUUCCCAAACAGGGUUAGAAAAGAUUCCCCCCAACAUGAGAUACACUGAUUAUAGGGGUGACUAUGACUUAACAGAGGAUGUGAGUAAUUCUUGAAUUUAGAAAAUUGUUUUGCAUUAUUUUAUUUUAUUAUAAUUAUUAUGCUUAAAAGAAAUAAACUAAUAUCAAUUCCUAUAAUAUAUCAGUGUUAAUGUUCUGUUUGGAUGAUAUAUUUUAAUCUAUGAUGGAAUAGUGGCGUUAAUAUAAAAUUUAAGAAUGUGGAAUACAUCUUUUAUUAACAAUUUUUAAUCCUUCUGCAGCCAGUACAAAAAUGAAAUAAAACAAAGGAAUAAAGUAAAUAUAAGAAAUAUCCCAUUUAGAUAGUUCUUUUUCAUAAAGGGUAGCACAAUUUUAUUUUUUUGUAUUGUUUUUCUCAUCGGUUGCAAAUUUGUUUUUCCAUUGCAUUAAUGUUUAGAAAUACUAAUGUUAUUUAUUAAUUAUUUUGAGGCUAUACCCCUAUUUUAGAGUUACAUUGUGUAUUUUUUAUUUUUCUGGAAUUUAUGCACCUG